CAACAAUUCGUCGUGACCGCCGCCCCGACGUCCCAAGACACCCUCACCUCGACAAUCCCCUCCGCAACCACAAUACCGGCAGGAUGAAGUACAUUCAUUCUCAGGAGCUGCUCGACAUCCCCGAGGGUGUCAAGCUCGCCAUCAAGACGAGAAUCGUCACCGUCGAGGGUCCCCGAGGCAAGCUCGUCAAGGACCUCGGUCACCUGGCUGUCAACUUCGGCCACCCCAAGAAGAACACCAUCUCCAUCGAGAUCCACCACGGUGCCCGCAAGGAUGUCGCCACCCUGAGAACCGUCCGCUCCAUCAUCAACAACAUGAUCAUCGGCGUCACCAAGGGCUUCAAGUACAAGAUGCGCUACGUCUACGCCCAUUUCCCCAUCAACGUCAACCUUGACCAGAACAAGGAGACGGGCGUCUGGGAGGUCGAGAUCCGAAACUUCAUUGGCGAGAAGAUUGUCCGACGGGUGACCAUGGCCGAGGGUGUCGACGUCGAGAUCUCCAAGUCCCAGAAGGAUGAGCUCAUCCUGACCGGCAACUCCCUGGAGAACGUCUCGCAAAGCGCCGCCGAUAUCCAGCAGAUCUGCAAGGUCCGGAACAAGGAUAUCCGAAAGUUCCUGGACGGUCUGUACGUUUCCGAGAAGGGCAACGUUGUCGAGGAGUAGACGCGGGUCACGGGGAUCUUGUUUCUUUUGCGUUUCUGGGUCUCUGGAGUGGCGAAGGUUUAACCAUAUGCAUGUCACGUAGCAAAAGGGCUACAAAAGAAACUUUUCAAAAGUAAAGCGAGAAUCCAUUGUGCCAGCAGCGGCCAACAGCUGCCGAACGAACGCUACCUGCGCCGUGCCGAGUGGUGGGGGAUGGACCCAUAUGGGGGUGAUGGUGGUCUGGUGGGAUCAUCUUCUGGUGAGCACUUGUCGUGCGGACCAAGAAAAAACGGAGUUUGCAUAUUUCAGGCGCGCCAAGAUAAUGAGGGAACCAAAAGGAUGAGGAUGACGAUUUUCCAUCAUGGUCGUUAUUACAUUGAAGACUGCGUUGCAUGCGAAGCAAAGCAGUCGAAGCUGGUCAGCUCUCCCCUCCAGUCUAUGCUAUGUGCGGUAUCGUCCAGCGUCCGGAGCGGCCGUCACAGGGGAUCUUCAUCUAUUCCCUGACCGCCCCG